CAGCCGAGGCAGGGGAGGAGAAAGGAGAGACUCACACACUCAGGAGCAGAGGCAGGGAUAAGAUCAUACAGAGCGAGCGAGAGGUUGGGGAUCUUUCAGUGCUUUUUCACUUGCAUGAACGCAACCGUAGACCCCCCCUCCAGGAUAUAAAGAUGUGGACAGAAAUCGGAAAGCUUGUGUUAUUACAUUUGUUACUCAUGGAGGUCCAUUGCGCUAAAGGAACUCAUACAGAGUCGGAGUGUGAAACCGGGCAGUUUAAGUGCAAGAACGGACGGUGCAUCCCGACCCUGUGGAGAUGUGAUGAUGAUGAUGAUUGCUCAGACAGCAGCGACGAGGAGAACUGUCCAAAGAAGACAUGUGCGACCACAGACUUUGCCUGUAAGAAUGGACAGUGUGUUCCUGCUAGGUGGCGCUGUGAUGGAGAACCAGAGUGUGCAGACGGUUCAGACGAGGCUGAUGCAAUCUGCAGCCGACAGACCUGUCCACCAGAGAAGUUUGAUUGCGGAGGGGCUGCCAGCAAAUGUGUUUCGUUGUCAUGGCGAUGCGACGGAGAAAGGGACUGUGAGAACGGGGCAGAUGAGGAGCAGUGCGCUGCAGAUGCCAAGGCCUGCCCCUCCAAAGAUUUCCAGUGCCGUAAUGGGAAGUGUGUGGCACCAAUCUUUGUUUGUGAUGGCGACGACGACUGUGGGGAUGCCAGUGACGAGGAGAAGUGCUCAUCUCCCACCUGCGGCCAGCACGAGUUCCGUUGCAAUGACUCUGAGUGCAUCCCCGCCCUGUGGAGUUGUGAUGGUGACCCGGACUGCAAGGACAAGUCAGAUGAGUCCAUGGAGCGUUGCAGCCGGAGGACGGAGCCCCAGAAACCUCGCUGCCCAGUGGGCGAGUUCCAGUGUGGGAGUGGGGAGUGUGUCCACAUGAACUGGAAGUGCGAUGGAGACGCAGACUGCAAGGAUAAAUCAGAUGAAGCAAACUGUCCCCUGCUUACAUGUCGACCUGAUGAGUUCCAGUGUGGUGAUGGAUCCUGCAUCCACGGCACCAAACAGUGUAAUAAAGUUCACGACUGUCCUGACUACAGUGAUGAAGCUGGCUGUGUCAACGUUACAAAAUGCGAAGGGCCAAGAAAGUUCCGCUGUAAGAACGGAGAGUGUAUUGACAGCAGCAAGGUGUGUGACAAUGUGAAAGACUGCAAGGACUGGUCUGAUGAACCCAUGAAGGAGUGUGGCCUGAACGAGUGUGCAGACAACAAUGGUGGAUGCUCCCACAUCUGCAGGGACCGAAGAAUUGGUUAUGAGUGUGACUGUCCCUCUGGGUACAAACUCCUGGACAAAAAGACUUGUGGAGACAUAGAUGAAUGUGAGAACCCAGAUGCCUGUAGUCAGAUCUGCAUCAACUACAAAGGAGAUUAUAAGUGUGAAUGUUACGAAGGAUACGAGAUGGACCCUGCCUCUAAGACCUGCAAGGCCGUGGGAAAGAGCCCGUACCUGAUGUUCACCAACCGUCAUGAGAUCCGUCGCAUUGACCUGCUGAAGAGUGAAUACACACAGGUGGUUCCCACGCUGAAGAACGCAGUGGCCCUGGAUGUAGACGUGUCCACCAACAAGAUGUUCUGGUGUGAUCUAUACCAUCGUAAAAUAUACAGUGCUUACAUCAACAAGGCCAGCGACUCGUCACAGCAGGUGAUUCUCAUCGAAUCGCUACACUCCCCCGAGGGCUUGGCUGUCGACUGGGUCCACAAAAACAUCUACUGGACCGACUCAGGCAACAAGAGCAUCUCUGUCGCCACAGGAGACGGCCGGAAGAGAAAAGUGCUGAUAGCCACUGAGCUGAGUGAGCCGCGGGCCAUCGCAGUGGAUCCACACCAAGGGUUUAUGUACUGGUCAGACUGGGGAGGUCAGGCCAAAAUUGAGAAGUCUGGGUUGAAUGGAGUGGACCGACAAGUUCUGGUGUCUGAACACAUCGAGUGGCCCAAUGGAAUCACCCUUGACUUGUCUAACAGGCGUCUCUACUGGGUGGACUCCAAGCUGCACCUGCUGUCCAGUGUGGAUCUGAAUGGAGACAACCGCAAAGUGCUGCUGUCCUCCCAUCACCACCUGGGACAUCCCUUCGCCCUCACUGUGUUCGAGGAUCGCAUAUAUUGGACAGACUUGGAGGACGAAGCAAUAUACAGUGCCAACCGACUGACGGGACAUGAUGUGGCAAAGGUGGCAGAGAACCUCAACAACCCCCUGGACCUUGUGGUGUUUCAUGAACAGAGGCAACCCAAGGCCCCAGAUACGUGUAACAUGGGGAGUCUGCCCAACGGUGGCUGUGAAUACCUCUGUCUGAAGGCCCCCCAGAUCACAGACCACUCUCCCAAGUACACCUGUGCCUGCCCUGAUGGCAUGGAGCUGGGACCAGACAUGAGGCGCUGUGCUAUAGUUCGACCCAGAACAACCACAACAGCUGCUCCAACCACUACCACCACAACAACUCCCACCACGAUAUCUACAACAAGCAUUACAACAACUAGCGUAACUGUUACCACCACCACGACUCCCCCUACCACCACGACCACAAGCACCACUACCACCUCUGCUGCUACAACACUCAGGCCCACAACCAGACGCCUGAUGACACCAGCCCCUCCUCAGACCCCCAGGAGCACCUCUACAGAGCAGCCUCGGACCCCCGCUGGCACGAGUACAGAGACGACCAGUUUCAGCAGCACAAGUCAGACGUCCACUUCCACACACACACCCCUAUUGAGCCCAGUGGCCCCCAACAGCAUUCAGAGAGAGAGCAACGCCAACCUCUCCCACAGAGGUAAGGAUCAUGCUGCAAGUGAUCACUACCUCAUAGGUAACAACAUCACAGUAGCUGUUCUGGGGAUAGUCAUUCCUAUCGUCCCUAUCCUUGCCACAGUGGUCAUCGGAUUACUCUGCACCGGCGGAUACCUGGUUUGGCGCAACUGGCGGCGCAAGAACACCAAGAGCAUGAACUUCGACAACCCUGUUUACCGCAAAACCACGGAGGAUGACGACGACGAAAUCCACAUCGGGCGACACAGCGAGUCCAUUGGUCACGUGUACCCAGCAGUGAGUGGCAGCCACAGUCAGCCAUUCAUAGCACUUCCUCUAGGGGGCGGCGUCACAGACAGCAACUCUCACUGGUACUCAGGGGCACCGAUGCUCUCCAGCGGCAAAUGAGAGAAGCUGCAGAGAAAAAGAAGGAGUUUUGAAUAUCUGGGAUAUGAGAGUAUGCGCAGGGGUUUGGAAAAGCCCGUUUGUUGUACAUGUAGGCCUGGUGGAAAGAAAGAACAGGCUUGCACACGCCCACAUUCUCAUACGUAAUUUUUGCAGUAAUCACUGAAAACACCAAUAAUACACACACAUAAGCCCUUCAUCAGUACAUCGCAUUUAUUUCACCUUCAUGACCAUAAUCAUACAGUACAUUUGUUUAUCAACAUCACGUCCUUGUUGCCAACCUGCCAUCCUAUUUAUUUGCACAUUGUGUUAGUUUUUCUAGUUGUUGAAGUGUUUGUUCUGUUACUGGGAGACAUAUGUUCCUUAUGAGGCUCCUGACACAGACACAUAUCGUCUUUGUUUACAGAAGCAGUCACUAGACAAGAGAAGAUUUGUGCCAGAAAGUAGCAUCCUUGUCAGAGAGGAAUUUUGUGGAUGUUUCUUUAUGUUUGCUGCUGAAAAUGAUAACAAAGGGUCAUCCAGAUAUUACAGGGGCACCGAGGCUUAAAUAAUUACUAAUGUAGUAUAUAUGAAAGAGAGAUGGAUGAUGGGUGGCCUCUGCAGCAGCCUCAAUUUCUUAGUAGAACAAAAAGGAUUUUAGUGUUGAGAUACCUUUUGAGGAGAAAUAGGAUUAGCUUUAUAGUCACCUCAGAACUCUGACUGAAAGGACAGAAGAGCACAGGACAAGGACCAUUCUGCAAAUAAAUUAGAUUUUCAGAGUGGAUAGUAACAUGACAUAGCCCUUAUGUGAAUUUUAUGUUUUCGUUACAGUGUAAAUAAGACAUGAAGGAUAAAAUGGGGAGCACAAAUCAGAACCAAGGACAAUCCAAAAUAGAAUUUCUCAUUCUAUCUUGAGUGCAGUUGCAGAAACCAUGAAUCUCCACAUUUCAUAAGUUGCAGACUACCCUGUUGAUUUCCCAUUGAUGCAGUUUUGAGAAUCACUUAUCAUGCAAGAAGCUGCAUUUUCUACAGCAACAAUGCCAGUGAUUUGCACUCAAAUGUACUUAAAUGUAUAGGGAGUGUGUCAUCACGACACUUAUAUAUUUAUUGUAUAUAUUUGUUGUUUAAGGUAUCGGAAAGCAAGCAGGGAAGGGCAGUCAAAAAGGAUUAUGGGGUGGUGGAAGUCUAGUGCUUUGAUCGGUUGGCAUGGUAACACAGAUUUCUUUGUGUUGCUCCAGAGGGAAAGGAGGAAAAGAAUUCUGGGUAUCAUUGGUAUGAUGACAGGCUGGAGACACACACACACACAAACACACACACACGAAACAGGUGCACCACUGGGUCAUAUUAAGAUUCAAGGUCGAAUUAACAACCACCCUCAGCGAAGGGCUGCAGAGAACUAUACUCCCUCUCUCUUGUCUCCCAGUUUUAUUAUUUACAUCUGUACAAAUCUCUGUAUUGUCUUUAGAUUUUUUACUUGUUUUCUUCCUCUCCCGUCCUCUUCUUUCCUUUCCCUUUUGUGGCAAUGUGGCAACUCAGACAGCCAGAGAAAUCAGGUUGGCAUUAUGUGGGCCAGACAUUUGCAGCUGUAGGCAAGCAUCCUGCAUUCCUCACAUAGGAGCAGCCAGAGAAGGAGGGAAUGAACAAGGAGGUGGGGUGGUGGGGUAUUGGAAAGAGAAGAUGAAGGUCAGAGAGAGGAGAGAGAAGUGAGGACUGCAAGAAGAAGAAGGAAGGAGCAGGAGAAUGGAUUCUGUAUGAACCUGCCAUUGCUUUUCUGGGUGCCAUCUAGACUUAAGUCUCUCUUUUUCUCCUGAUUUCUUUCUUUGUUCCCUGUCCAUUAUGUUGCUUUUUUCUUUUUCUGUUUUCUAUCUCACUUUUUUCUCUCUCUCUCUCCUUCCCCAGCCUACUGUGAUAACAGUCUUUUUAUCUGCUGUUUGCAGCGCAUGGCACUCAGUCUGGAGGAUGAUGGCUAUCCCUGAGGGGGGAUGCAUCCUGCCCCACCCCCAAUCCCAUUCUGGCCCCUCCUCUCACCACAGCCUCUACACCACUACAAUGAGGCCAGUACAACGCAGACGAGAAAGAGAAGGAGUCCUCAUUUUGCCUCCCCUUUUUCAGGAUCAGGGAUGACAUGUACAUCUUGUAUAUCCCCCUUUCUCGCUUACUUUCUCCACUGGAGUAACACUACUACCACUACUAGCCACUACUACUUCCCUUAGUGUUAGUUUAUGUGUAGUCUCUGCUCAACUCGUCUCUUCUCUCUGCCUCUUGUUAGCUGUAGUGGUGUGUAAAAUGCUGCUUGAUGAUUUUCAGACUAACCUCAUUUGGCUGUUUCAGUGCACAUUGUAAAUAGAAGGCUGUCUGGCCACCAUACAAGGGGAAAAAGCUGACAUGGAUUAUUUUUAAUUCCUCAUGUUAUGACUUUUUAUUUAUUUGUAUGUUUGCUGUUGUAAAUAUGUAAUCAGCAUCUCUCAGUCAGUGCACAGUACUAAGACUACUAAGUACUAAGGCAGAUUUGUUCUGUUUGCAAGGAUAUAAAGGAGUAGGCAAGGAUGUUAUUUUUCUUCAUAGUUCCCUUUACAUCUUGGGUUGACAAGACAGAUUUUUUUUAAAACAAGGGAAUGUCAUCCUUUCACACUCACAUUCAUCUGACAUACUAUAUGUAGACAGGCAAAACUAAAUAUAGCCAAGGGGAAAGGAGACAGAAAAAAAUGAUGGGGUUGUCUGCGUGUUUGAAGGUGAUUUUGGGGUGAAAGAGUAAGGGAGGGUGCUUUUUUUGAGGGGAAUAGGAGGGUUUGUGUCACAAGAGGAUAGUGCCUCAAGGCAAAAAUCAGCAGUGCAGAUAAGGCAAAGGAUAUGUGUAAUCCUCUCUCCUGGUAUCAGAGGUAUGCCUGCAGUCGAUAAUGAACUUGUUUGUUGAUUGUUUGUUCAUUUGCGGUAGGUGUUAGGACUCACACGUGUUCCUGACUUCAAUACUGCCAUCAAUAUGAUGGAGGUAAAACUUCUUAUCCAGACAGCAGAGUGUUACAACACACCUUCCUUUUAGAGAUUUGAAAAAGGUGCUUUGAGGUACUGAGUUCUAUGACUUUCAACUGCUGCCCAACACAGAUAUUAGUGUAAACAUCAAUCCCAGUGUUUCAGUGGCUUCACAGCACUGCUUUUGGUGUUUCUUAGCAUGAUAACUUCUCCAUCUUUAGUCCCCCUUUUUAACAAUGUGGCUGUGUGUUUUCUAGAUGAGUUGAAGUAGAAAAACAGCCCACAUUUGGAAGGAAUCACUUUCUGCUGUCACUGACUGUUCCAAGUGGUUGUUAGUGGCCCUGUUUUGUAUAAGCAGAUGAGUAAUACGCUGAGGCUGACUGAGCUGAGCACUGAUUAGAUUUGAAAGCUGGAUAGAGAGGAAACGUGUAAACCAGCAUAAAGAGCUGAUUCCAUUGGCUAGCCACAGACAUGCUGCCAUCACUAUUGAAUCAGAUGGAAUUCAUACCCAGUGACUAUCCCAAUAAUUGCUCACAAUUCUGGAUGUCAUUUAUUCUCAAUAAAGGGCAUUUUGAAGGUGUUAAGCACACUUAUAAUGCAUUAUAUAAGGUAUAGUGUUUUACAUUGUCCAAACUAUACAUACAACAAUGGUCUUCCAUUCUUAGAAUAACAAACAUGAACAAUGUCACAUUUCAGCUGAGCUGGGAAAUAGAAGUGCUUUUGUUUGUCACAUCCUCUGUCUUUUCAUAAACCUGAUAUAUGACUGAAUAACAAGCAAAAAAAGUAUAGAAUGCAAACAUUAAAGUCUUCCAAUAUAGGCUCAGUAUAGACUCAGCAUAUAUAUUCAUCUAACUAUACAGUGUGUGCAUACAAACAGUUGAUUAAUGGUAGUUAUUAUUCAUGGUUCUCGCUGUUUCCUGGAAUGGUUUGCUCAGUGUAAAUGCUCGGGGAACCACAGGGGAGGAAGAAAGAAUCAGACAAAGAAGGCAUGACUGCCAAGAUUUAGACUAAACCGUAUGAGAACAGGUUUGUGCUUGGAAGAUGAAUGGUCGACCAUUUAUUUAGCUGGAUUUCUGCUGAUGUUGUGUCGCAGUAGUCUGAAACUCCCUCCCUCAGAAGGAUGGCACUCUCUCCUCUCAGUUUAUGAUGCACAGUGGGGGUUUUGUAUGUACUGUAUGGGACAAGUGGCAUGCUAGACAGGUAAAUUAUAGUCCUCUCCAGGACUGCACUCCCCUAUGUAUAUCUAACGAAGGAGGAUUGAGCACAAGGAGGCCAUCCCCCUUCAUCUUAACCUUGUACAGAUGAAGCAAAAUAAAAUGCAUUACACGGUGGGGUAGACUGUUACUCAGCUCAGCAUGAUCCUGGCCUGGUUUGGCAGCUUCCUGCAGUGUUUGGUUUCUUGGCAGAAUUUAGGAUUGACAUGUAUGAAAGACUUUAAAUUGACACAGCUGCAUUUUGGUAUAAACUGGUCAUUUUUUAUUAUUAUCAGGGGGUGUGAUGGCAGUGGGAAUUGUUAUGAAUGCUCACAAUUUCACAUUUCUUCAUAAUAAACUAUAUCUAAGUCCUAAAGGAAAGAUGAAAAUGAUGUAAGAUGCCACAGGUCAGAUAUCUUUGUGAAUUUAAGAUUAAAUAAAUCCCAAACCCACUGCUGGAUUGAACCCUGGGCUCAGCCAGCUCUGCGCUCCACAUUUUCUUUAGGUCCAUGUUUGCUGGAGGUCUAAUGGAGUUCCAUACUGAGGGUUUGCAGUUAGGAGAGUAAAUUGCUUAUUUAUUGAGGUGACUGAGCGUGGCAUUGUAGAAAAGUUAUUAUUGCUACAGUGUGACGACAGAUUGGCUGGUCCACUUCGUGGCCACCUUGAGAGCAGCCAUCUCUACUGAAGGAUGCUGAAAAAGUCCAGAAAGAGACUUUUUCAAUAAGUAAUUGUAGUGGUAAUAGAGAACAUGCUUUGACAGUAUGCUUUCUGGAUAUUCUUGAUUCAUAUUUUCAGGAAUCAUUUAGGAGCUAAUCAAUGCCCUAAUGGCAGCAUAAUCAUACUUUUACUAUCAGUCAGCUCCAUAAACAACAGGCUGCAGUUAUAACGACCAAGUAGAGCACUCUGCUCAAGCUGAAGAGGUCGAAGAAUAAUGAAUUGUGUGUGUGUGUGUGUUUAUGUACAUAUGUUUAGUAAUUCAGUUAUUGUAAUACAAGUAUGAUGUUGUAUAGGUAUGUGUGUUUCUCACUCCAGGUCAGUUUUUUGUUAAUUAUUUACUUGAAGUCUUUCAGUGUUAACCCAGUAGUUGCUGCAUUGUUGCAUGUGCAACAUGAUAUCUUGCACAAAGUUAUUUAACACUCCAGAAAUGUACUAUUCAAAUGUGGAAAUCUUUGCUUAUUGUACUAUAUUGUGUGGCAGUCUUAAAUUUCAGGUGCACCCAUGUUGAAUUUAAGAGGUUCUUACACUGACGCACAUUAAGUGCCGCCCAUAGCAUCAAUAGGAAGUGCCGCACUGCAGUGCAUCAACAACUGUCUCUGCUCAUCCAUUGAUCUACACCACAAACUGUAUAUGUACAUAUUAUAUAUAGUCAGUGAUCUACACAUACAAGAAAUAACAACAGCAAGAGGUGAGGACAGGACGUCCAGCUGCCACAGGAGCCGGGAUGUAUAAGCAGGGAGCGAGUGGAGUUUAUUUAUUUAUUUAAUUUUUGCCUUGUAGAUACAGGCACAAGUGAAAUAGUUAAAACUACAGUGAAAAGCAAGCAACAAACUAGUAAAUAACAUCUGUAGUUGGGCCAACAUUGUAUUGAAGUACAAAACAGCUUUUUCUCUGGAAAAAUGUUUUUUCAAGGGCAGCGACACUGGAAAUACGACAGUGGCUUGAGGGGCAGCUGCCGCCGGUGUGGGGAUUGUUCAUAAAAAAUAAUAGUCGCGGCUCUUUUGACGCGCGCUGUUCGGCGGUGGUGUGUUUUAGCCUUUAAGCAUCACUAAAUUAAAACAGGGUGUAACCACACAAACUUGCUCUUACGUAGAGAUUAUUUGUUACUAAAUGUUUACACCUUGUGACUGUUAUGAGCUAACCGAAGCAACUGAUUGCUGAUUGCAACUGCUAACGUUAGCUCGCUAAUGUAUUGUAGGUUGAAGGAGAGGUAAUGAGAUAUGGUCAACACAUCUAACUGACACUAAAGGAUCAAAUAAUGUCAAGUUGAUGUAAUGAGAUAUUUCCCACUUAUUCAAAAUUGUAUGAAUACUAUCAACUCUGAAACAUAUAUUUCUCCAUGUAUGCAUAUAUAAAUAUCUACAUUUACAGAAGAUUGGCAGUUAAGUUUAAUAUAGCUGUGUGUGUGUGUGUGUGUGUGUGUUUGUGUUGAUUGCCUUUGCUUGGACAACACUACAGAUGUUUCCUAGAAAUUGAUUUACACAUUACUUAAGUCUCUACUAGCUAAGACAUUCUUCAAGUUUUAAUGGUCUAACCCAAUUUACUAAAUCAUUAGUUUGAAACUACAGUAGCCAGUUGUUACUAAAAACUUCGGAAGGACUUUACACACAACUUAGUGAUGGAUUUAAAAACAGCUGGUGCAACACAAUCCAGGUUCUAAAUCCCAAACAUACACUUUGGAUACAUAUAAAACUGCUCAAUAAAAUUCCUAUGUUGUGUAGGCCCAUUCAUCUAUAGAUUUAACUCUUUGUUUAAAUUCAUACAUUCAUAAAGCAUCGGGAUAAUCCUAACAAAUCCUAAUGCAUAAUAAGCAGGUUAGUAUUACAAUAGGUCGAACUAAAUUAUGUCAAACCACCCAUGACAAGGGUUUAUUUUUUGGGAAAGAUGUUACAUUAUUAGCUCAUCAAAGCAAAUUCCAAUGGCCGUCAAAACCUAUAAUCCAAUAUAAUUGUACAAUAUGCCGUAAUUAUAGUGUUCUUAUUUGUGCUCCCUGUUUUUAACUGUCCUGUAGCUUGUUCGUCCUUUCUUCUCUGCACUCUUCCAAUAGUUACUUUUCUGAGCAGAGAAUCUGACCCGUGCUGCUUUAACUGACUGUUUUCUAACAUCACUCACAUCUCUCCACCACUUCAGUUCCUCAUGCACUGCAUCAGAAGUAAUGCCAGCUGUGAGGCUUCAAGUCUCUCUGUGUUACACUACUGAAUUCAGCAUUGCUGUCUGUGUGCACUGUCUUCUCUUGCCCUCCCAUCUUCAUCUUAGCCAUCAACAUCUUUCUUUUGGCAAGGGCUGUCAGUCUUUGGGUAGACAGACACACACACUGGAAGAAGGGAAAAAACACUGGAGGAAAUAACCUGGAAUCCCAAAAAUUACAAGGAAACCCCCAGAGCUUGGGAAAAAAAACCCCAGCAACUUCCGAUCAUGAACCAGCGAACAGGCGAACAAGCGCGCUGAACCAGGAGGAAGAGCCCCCCACCGCCACCCCCCAACCAGCUACAGUUUUGGACUGUUGAAGGAGCCCUCAUUGACUGUAAUUGGCUGACAAUUAGCUCUUGUUGACCCUGUGACUUUCCUUCACCAACUGGUUCCUCUUAUUAUCAUGUGUUUUUUGGACUGUUAGUCUGUGAGUUGUAGUUUUUGCUCUCUCUCUCCAAUCCGUUCUCAGCUUCAUAUUUGAUCUUCUUGAUGUUUGAUUACUUGAAGGGCAUUGUUCAGUCGCCUACAUUUUUCUACCAGUCAGUGUAAAAUGAAGCUUGGGGGAAGACAACAGUAAUGGGGAAGUUGUGAAAUCUGUGUGUAAAUCUUUUUAGGGGUUGGGAUGAUGAUAUACACGGGCAACAUUUUGAUAAACAGUAUUGUCACAGAUUUGGACAUUUUACUUAAACAGUGACUGAGGUUGGAGAAAAUCACUGAAAAUAUAAGAAACUAUUGGCUCCAUUUUUUGCAAAACUGUCUACCUGAAUUUUCUCCAAAUGUUGCUGAUGUGUCAUUGCCUGCGAGGAAAUCUCCAAAACCAUUCGGGGCUCUGUCCAUUCCACAGCCAUACGACAGGCAUUUUUUUACGCUGUUUGUUGCACAAAACUUUUCAAGAAGCCUUCUGCACUGUGUAAAGAGAUAACGUUCUUAGGAGGGGAGGAAACUGGGAGUGGGGGUCCAAUGGUACAGUCCAAUGGUUUUGAAUCGUGACUUGUAAAUACGUUUUCAUACAGCAAAAACUUUUUGAUAAUGUUUUAAAUGUAUCUGUAAAAAAGAUGUACAUAAACCUCUGGGGUAAAAAGGAGUGUAGACUAUAUAUGAAUUUAUUUGUACACAAGAGCACUGGAUUUAUUUACUACUUGAUUGUAACUAAAAAUUAAUAAUCUGCCAAAGUGUUUUUAUUUUACUUUUUUCCUGUUUGUUCCGUUUGUUUGUUAUUUGCUUUUUAACGGCAUUGCAGAUUUUUAGUGUUCACGCUGUAUUUAAUUUUCUUGAAUAGAUUUUGUUGUUGUGUGUUUUUUAAAAAAAGAAAAGAGGCGUUAUCAUUUUAAUUUAUUGGUGCCUUGUUUUGUGCUCCUGUAUACUUUUACUCUUUCUGUUUAUCUGUUAUGUGUCUGCGGGGGGGGCUUAACUGGUGGGUUGGUGAGUGCAGGGGUGGGGGGGAGUUAAAAUUUAGCGACUUCUGUACUUACAUGGAAUAUCUGUACUGUAUGCCAAAAUGGUCUCACUCACGUUUCUAUGAAAUCAAGCUGUUGAUAAAUAUCUCUAUAUAUUGAUAUAUUAAAUUUAUAAAAACUGUCCAA